AUGGACCAGACGGAAAACAGAACAGCAUUCGUGUUACGAAGGAUGGCCGAGCAAGAGGCCCUUGUUACGCUGGAGGAAAAACCCCUGGAGGCCCCAGAGGAGUCUGGUGUCAGAGUUCUCUACGCUGCGAGGGGCGAGCUUGGAGACGAGAGCGACGCGGCCACUAAGCCUCCGCUGAGGCGCGGACAUCAGGGUCCUGUCUGUGGUGACGGUGACAGAACGGGAUCGCAAACGUCGACAGAUGGGCCCGACCGGCGGACAUCUGUUCCCCCAGAGCUGCUGCAAUUGGCCGCCGGGGAUGAGCCGGGCCGCAGCCGAAGUGUCAGCAGCUCGCGCAGCGACAGCAGCGGGCUCGAGUGCCCCAUCUGCAGCGAGCUGUUCGAGUCGCGCGGCGACCGCCGGGUCACCUUGCUCCACUGCAACCACGCGCUGUGCCACCACUGCGCGGCGGGCAUCAUGAGGCGGGCCAAGGACCAGAGCCGGCUGCAGUGCCCCUUCUGCCGACAGACCACCCCGUUCCCGCGCUGGGAGAUACAGCGGCUGCAGGAGGAGUCGUACGGGGGCGGCGUUUUUUGCGACCCCGGACCGCCGGCCGUCCUGAGCCCCGGCCCCAAAACCCAGGCCGUCCCAGGACCCCCCCUGUGCUGCUUCGCUGUGCUCGCGCACACAGACAGACGCUGCCGUUACCCGUCCUGCCUGCUUGGGAGGUCGCGCUCGCUCUGCUUCUCCAUCACUGGCCUGCUGCUGCUCUUCCUGCUGGUGCUGGGCGUCUUCCUGUACAUGGUGGUUCCUUUCAUACUGCUGUCUGUACUUUUCCUAAACAGCUAGCUCAGGGGUCAGAGGUCAUCGUCAGUGGUUUGACUUCUGCUUUAUGUAUGAGCUGCCUGUCGAAUAAGUGACACUUUGGGAAAGGCAGGCAUCUGCAUGGUUGUCUAGUUAUUGUGGGAACAUUGAGAAAUAUGUUUUACUCUGCUAUCAAAGUGAAUUUGUGGUUCCAUUGUUUUAUUGACCUUGUUUCACAUGCCCUGGUUAUUCCAGACUAACCUUUGGACCCUAUAUAGAUAUCAUUAUGGACAUGGUCCAAUUUGGAUAUGGCAAAAAGCAGAAACGACAGGAAAACGUUCACAUGAGGAAUUCAUUUUAAUAUUGUUAUCCCGUUGAACAAAAAACAUAUUUGGCAUCAUGAAGUUUAAGGAACAACAUUUUUGUAAUAUGUCUCAAACCGAGGGCCAGUCUGUUAUCAGCUAGUCCACCUGUGACUUUGGUGUUCUUUGAAGAGUGCCUCUGGUUUGUCCCGUAGGGUUUGGUGCCACGUUUAACUGGAGGUUUUGACUUUGGAUCAAAACUCUUCAUAUCUUUCUGGGUCUCGUAUUGACCUACUUCUCAUCAGAACAGCUUGGAAGCUCUCCGCUGUGACUGCUCCAUAUUCUAAGCAACAGAAAAACCUAGCUUGAUCUCCUUUCAUAUUGCGCAUGAGGGAAACUUGGCCUGUCAAUUUAAUAAUUUAUAUACAUUUUACUUGUUCAAAGAGAGAAUGAAAGAGGGCCACGAUGAGAGCUGGAAUCAAAGAACCAGUUUAUUUCUUUGUCCUUUUUUUGUUUUAUUGCCUAUGCCCUUUAAUGUGUGUCGCUACGUAUCUGUGCGAUUAAAUAGAUUGUUACUACAGAUACUCAUUAAAUGAGCAUUUUAAAAGUUUGGCCUUCCAAAAACAUAUCAAAGUGUUUAAUAAAAACAAUAGAGUAAAGUAAUUAGUAUAUCAUGGAGGGAGUCAUUCGUGAAAAACGAAUAAAAGAAAAUGCCUUUUUUGUUCCAUUUUAGAACAUUGUUUAGAUUUCUGUGCAACUUCCCUGAGAGUCUGCUCUCAUCAGAGAUCAAGUAAGCCUCUGACAAACAGAUGCUUUCUGGGUUUACAUUCAGGAGUUGGGAAGCAACACAAAUGAAUGACACUUUGCUCUAUUUGCUAAAUGUGACAAGGUCGUUACUUUAAAAGUGCUAAUAUGUCAAAGCUUGUUGUCAGACUACCCUUGUGCCCUGAAGUGGCCAGAAAAAUACAUCAAAUAUUCAUUUGUGCAGCAUUUACACAUGAAUGCACAGAAAGUGUUAACACUUUUGAAAAUGUCCAUAAUAAACCUCAUGAUUAUUGAUUUUAAACUUGUAUCCGACAAAAGGAAAUGUAACUUUUUGUGUUGUGAACUACAUUGGAACACUAUCUGCAAAGUCUAAUGCCCAUUGGAAUAGUUAGGAAUCAGUGAUAACUUCACAGACUAUACUGUAUAUGUUAUAUGUAUAACUGAAUCAAGGUUGUGUUUUUAUUACAACACAUUUUCCUGAGGUGUAAUCGUCUCUGGACCCUGUCGACUGUCUCAACGACUCAAUCGAGAGGUUUGGAGGCGACAGGCCUCUAAUGUGGACCCUAAAAUGAAUCUGAAUGGGUCAGGCCUGCCCCUCCCCCUCGACCCCCCCCCCCUCCCCCCUCCUCCCACUGGGCAUUGCGGCAAGUUAGUUGGGACUCUGAAAUCGGGAAGAUUAGUUGUGUUCUCUGCAGCAUGAAUACUUCAGCUCGGGACAAGCAAGCAAGAGAGCACUGAGGGGGCUUACACAUCUAUAAUGUAUGCCGGGCUACAUAAGAAACACAUCAGAUAGGCAGGCAUCCGUCUGCAGAUGAGUCAUUGAGGCGGUCCGUUGCCAAGACUGUGUUUGUGUCACCGCGCUGGCACAGCGUGACCUAUUUAGCUUCUGGCUUGGAUCAGAUAACGUGGGCGUCCAACCUCCAUGUGCAUCAGCUCCAAAGCGCCCAGCAUAUAUUGUGUUACCUUUGGAGGUCCACAUAUGUGUGUGUGUGUGUGUGUGUAUGUAUGUUAUUUUAUAUGCAACUAGGGACACAUUCAGAGCAGAGUAAAUGUCUUGGGCAAAACGCUCUCAUCUGACGGAAAGAGCAGCACAAAGAGCUGAAGACACGCAGUUUGCAGACAGAUGCGUCGUGCUAAGCGCUAAAGCAUGUCACAGUUCAGCUGGAACAUUUCUGUCUGCUCCCACUUUGUGCUUCUGACAGUGAGUCUUGUAUGAAAGGCUCUUUGGACCACUUAAAAUAAAGGAAGUUAAAAAUG